AUGAUACUAUCCCUGAACAAUUCUGUUGCUGCGUAUGAUCGUCGAGAUGAAAAUGAUUCGACUAAAAGACGUGCCUUGGCAAGCCUACCUACUACUACGAAAGCUACUGAUGUUGCCACUGUAAAUACGAUUCGUACUCCUAACAAAGAUGCUCCUGGCACCCAAGCUACUGACUUUGUUUCUACUCUUGAUAGUCAUAUUCUUCUCAAGGCUAUCAGUAGUGCAAAAACUGCGCGUUCCCUAAAAACUAGUGAUCUCGUUGCUGCUCCUGAUGAUGUCCCUCGCCUCAAGGCUUCCACGAGUGUCAAAACUCCAGGCCGUCCAAAAAACAGUGAUUUUGUUGCUGCUACUGAUCGUAAUGGUUCUGCCAAGGCUGCCUGUAGUGCAAAAGCUGCGCGUUCUGCGAAUAUUAACGAUCAUGUUACUGCUUCUGACGGUACUCCUUCUGCCAAGGCUGCUACUCGUACCAAAACAACGUGUUCUCCAAAAAACAGCGACUUUCUUACCUCUCCAGAUGAUACUUGUUUUGUGAAGGCCGCAACUGCUGUCGACACUGCAUUCCUGCGAAAGACUAAGGAACGUAUUGCUGUUCCUGACAGUACUGGUUCUGCCAAGGCUUCUAGUAGUGCAAAAACUGCGCGCUCUGUGAAAACUAGCGGCGUUAUUGCUACUUCUGAUGAUUCUCCUUCUAUUAAGGCUGUUACGGGCACCAAUACUGUGUGUCUUCGAAAGGCUACCGAUUAUGUUACUUCUCCUGAUAAUGCUCAUCUUCUGAAGGCUUCCGGAAAUAUUAAAACCACACUUCCUUCAAAAACUAGUGAUCUUGCUGGUGCUUCUGAUAGUGCUCCUCUUGCCAAGGCUUUCAUCAGUGUCGAAACUGCAGUUCCUAGAAAAGUUAAAGAUCUUAUCAAUGUUUUUGAUAAUCCUCUUUUUCUUAACACCGACGGUGGUGCCAAAACUAAAGGUUCUACUAAAGCCAUUGCUUCACAAACGGUCGCUGGCAAUACUACUAACAAAACUUGUGACGAUGCUGCUUGUACUCCGAUGAAAAGUUCUCGUAGUGCUUCUGCUCGUUGUAUUGCUCCGAUAAUAGCUGAUAAUGCUAAGCGCAUAGCUCCGAUUGCAGAUAAUGCUGAUAAGCGCAUUCUUUCCACCGCGGCUGAUGGUACUCUUCGUUCUGCUUCAAAGAACAAUGCUGCUAAUAAGUAUUCAUUAAAUACGUGA